AUUUAUCACCGUUUUUAGAUAACCAAGGAAUUUUGAGAGUAGGUGGAAGAUUACAACAAUCUAAUUUUACAUAUGAUAAAUGUCAUCCUAUUUUACUACCUAAAAAACAUCAUUUUACAAAUCUUAUUUUUCGUGAUAUGCACAUCAGAUUAUGUCAUCCAGGUCCACGAUUUUUACUUAGUUCAAUUCGCGAACAAUUCUGGCCAAUCGGUGGCAAACAACUUGCAAAAAAGAUUACAAGAGAAUGUAUAACAUGCUUCAGAUGCAAACCUACGUCAAUUAAUCCUAUUAUGGGAUCAUUACCUCCUCAGCGCACAGAAAUGACAUAUCCUUUUUAUUGUACCGGAGUAGACUAUGCAGGUCCUUACUUACUAAAAGAUAAACAAGGCAGAGGAAAUAAAACAACGAAAUGUUUCAUUAGUCUCUUUAUUUGUUUUGCAACGAAAGCGAUUCAUUUAGAGUUGGUAACAGGGCUAUCUACAGAAGCUUUUCUAGCAGCAUUCAAAAGGUUCAUUGCUAGACGGGGCAAACCGGCAAGGGUUUACAGUGACAACGGCAAAACUUUCAUUGGUGCAAACAAUGAAAUGCAAAAAAUAGGAGAAUUUUUAAAAAAUAAUUCAAGUUCUAUUACUAAUUAUGCUACAAAUGAGAGUAUUGAGUGGCACUUUAUACCACCAUACUCACCAAACUUUGGAGGCUUAUGGGAAGCCGGAGUCAAAAGCAUGAAACAUCACCUAAAAAGAAUUCUUAAAAACAUUAAUCUGACUUAUGAAGAUUUUUCAACUUUGAUUACUCAAAUUGAAUCAUUAUUAAAUUCACGACCUUUGUUUCAAUUAAGUACAGAUCCAAACGACUUUGGAGUGCUGACCCCUGCACAUUUCCUAAUCGGCAGAUCAUUUACUUCCAUUCCUGAUCCAAAUUUCCUAAACGUCCCUGAAAACAGAUUAAGCAGAUUCCAACACAUUCAAAAAAUGGUACAACAUUUUUGGUCUACUUGGUCUAAGGAGUAUAUCCAUGAGUUACAACAGCGAAGUAAAUGGAACAAGACUACAACUCCCAUUAAAAAUGGAACGUUAGCACUAAUAAAAAGAAGACAACUUACCUCCUCAGAUGUGGCGUCUCGGAAGGAUAGUCCAACUUCAUCCAGGCAAAGACGGAGUCACCCGAGUAGUGACAGUGAAGUGCGGUACAAGUAUGCUCCUACUUCAAAGACCCAUUGGUGUGCAUAGGACCAGUAGCAUCCGACCAAAUCAAGAACGCUAUCCAGCACACCGCUGGUGAGAAGAGACUCACAGGUCUAACCAGCUACAAAAGACCUAUGCACUAAACGUAUAAACACUAACAAAUCUGUACAUUUAAACUAUAACAUUACUCCAUUAAAACUACUUGGUACGAAUUACUUCAUCUCUUUGUUUCAAGUAUAUUUACGAGAUUCUGGAUUUUGUUGGGAUUCUCCGAUGAUUUUGAGCCCUCCAAAGGAAUUCGUACUACGUAACUACUAAGUAUUGUGACAUACGUACAUAUAAUUAUCUAGACAAAUAUUGGCUGAGGUAUUUACAUAGAACUUAAGGUUUCAAUCAAACUUUCUGGCCUAGACGUAUAGAUGAAACAUAUCGAGUAGUUCAUAGAGAAGAAGCAUGCAAAUGCGUGUAUUAUAAAUGUGGAGUACUUCUUGUAGAGGACGCACAGAUUAUAUUUUACAGAGAUAUUUCUAACUUUUGACUUUUAACCGUCUAUCUGUGAUGAUUUAAUGUGAACAGCGACUGGAAGCCCUUUCAAAACGGACACAGACUUACUGGAAAGUGGGGGACUUGUACAAAAGUAACAAGGUUGAUUUUGAAAGUGUUUUCAUCAAGCUUCAUUGUUGCAAUAGGGUGCAAAAAUUCUCGAUGGUACGAGAUUGAUACAUAUCAUACUAUACAUAUCAUAUUACUAUAUUGAUGUUAUAUUAUAAACAAUAUUUAAUAAAUGUCUACCAGCAAUUAACUGUA